AUGGCCGAACACGCGGCAGCGGUGCGCAGAAAUGACGCCAGCUCUCAAGUUGCGGCUCAUUCGACGAGACCCGGCCACACAUUUAAAUUCGAUGAGGCCGAAAUUCUCGCAAGAGGUGACAACCGAGUGAGCCGAGAGCUACUGGAAUCAUGGUUUACUGGCCCCCAGUCCAUCAACAAGUGCAACGAUCUUCCCAUUCCAUACUCCGUACUGAAACUUCGCCUAGGCGGGGUAACAAGCCAUGUGGGGAGCGCAGAGGUGAACACUCUUCCCAACACCCGGGUCAACGCAUCAGAUGGUUGAGCAAUCAUCACGCAACAUCCAACGCACGUGAUGAAAUUGCAGCAAUUAUCGACUCGAAUGUCGGCCAUCAAGCAAUGAUCACACCAAGUGCGACAAUCUCGGAUGAAGGGGAAGCCGUGAACGUUCAUAGGUAUGCGGCAGCAUGGCUACUGCAUCCUAUAAAUACCGCAGCCCCUUGUGCAACAACCACCCGUUUCUGCUCUUUUGUCUCUGAUGAUGGAUUCGAGUAGGAAUCCGAAACGUCAGGCUAAUAAAGCUCUUGUCCCGGCGAUCGUGUCUCCUUCUUCAAGCCUACUUCCUGGGACUCGGCUCUUCGCUUCUAUUGGACUGCAGCUUCUCAAAAGUUUUCCUUACUGUAUCUUCUGGGAAGCUCAGCGUCCUAAUUGGUUCGCUAGAUUUGGCAAUUGUUGAGUACAAUCUCUCAUUGAAAACCGCCUUUUACGUAGUCCGUAGGCGGUUUAAAAGCGAGGCGAGAAUGGGAGUCAUCAGCAUUCAUGCCCUGCUGAUGAAAAUCCAGUUGCACUGGAACGGCCACCUCGCAAGUAUGGAUGAGGAGCACUUGCCCAAGUGAGUCUUCUACGGCGACGUCGCCACGAGGGCGUGACGAUCAGGAGGACAAAACAGACGCUAUAGGGACACCUUGAAGAACUCUCUCUCUCAAAGGCCUACAAAUUAACCCGCAGACCUAAGAGGUCCUCGUUCAGGCUAGACCGACCUGGAGAAGAGCUGUGAAGACGGAGUAGCAGUCUACGAAGUCAGCCUGAUCGCCUCUGCCGACGCCAAGAGAGCGGCUCGUAAUCCCCAAGCGUCUCCGAUCCACAACGUCGGCAUCCAAGCACUUCAAGCAUACCCCCAUUGCGGGCGAACAUUCCGUGCACAGAUCAACCUUGUCGCACAUCUCCGGAACUAAUGCAGUUACAACCCGACAACUCCGUUUGCUACCUCUAAAAACGUCCCCAUCGUCACCCCUGCCUCAACCCCCACGGCGUUUAUGACGACGACGACUGUCCUCACCAUCGAUGAUCACGUUUCUGAUGCCCCGCCGCCGUUAGUCGCCGCCACUCCCAUCAUUCCUGCCUAGACUCCAGCGGCGGCGGCGACGACGACUACCACCUCUCCCACUCCCACCAUCAAUGAGGACACCCCAGACGCCCGUCAGCCACCACCACCACCACCACCACCACCACCACCACCACCACCAUCACCACCACCACCACCCUAG